AUGGAAGUCACCAAUGAAAAUCCGGUGAAAGGAAUGAGGGAUUUGAAGAAAAUUGUCGAAGAAAAGUUGUCGAAUGGGUCAAUCGAGCGAAUGGAUGAACAACACCGAGACACCCAAAAGCGACAACUUUUGCACGAUGAUGAAAGUGAUCAGAAGCGACAGCGGAAGAGAAAGGACACUCGAGCGAUGAGACGAUCGAGGGAAAUGAAAAGAGAUGAGGAGAGACCGGUCGAUGUUGAUGAUGUCGAUGAGAAACGAUAUUCUGAUUACUCGAAGUCGUCACGCUCGAGGCAAACAAGCGCUCGCGAUUCGUCGGUGAGCCCAGUUGAAGCAGUUCUAUCAAAAAGAUCCAAUCAACUCCCUUGGGUUGAGAACGUUGAUGAUGAUGAGACUUUGGUGUUGCAUGGCCGGCAUCAACUCGACGAAAUGCUCAACCCAUUGGCGCCUUUGCAAAUCUCUGUACAAGUUGAUUUCACACACGACGAGGAUGAGCAAAAUGAGAACGAUGAAGAGGAAGGACUCGUGUUCAACUUAGCAAUACCACAAUCAACUCUACCCCCCGGUGAAUCAAUUGAUCAUUUGCCACCAAACACUCUUGAUAAUGGGGACGCCGAUGGGGAAAGUGAUCGAGAAUUCCGAAAGAAACGCAAGAAGAACAAGAGACGAAGACUGUAUUCGGGCAGCAUCGGCUCUGGAGGUUGGCGAGGUCGUGCAGUGAGCGGUCGAUGGGGAGGAUUGGUACCACCAGAAAAUGUUCACACGAAUGAUUGGCGUGAUAUGAUCACUCUAGCCGAUGCCUCACCGAACACUGCCGGUUCUGGGAAUCGAGGCGUUCAUCAGGAGAGCCUUCCCAAAAAGCCAACGAGCGAGGGCGAGGCUCAACAUACAGUGCCAGCUGGUGGAAUAGCCGCUAUCCAACACUGGCGAUGGAGUGGAUCGGAUUUGUCCCUCCAACGACAGCACUGGAUCACGGAGACGUUUCUGCGACGAGAGUGCGCCAAGUUUUUACCCACGAAUAAGGACCCUGGAAAGUGUGGUUGUGGUCGUCUCCAAUCGGAUCACUAUGAUCUGGCACACUUGACCUCAACUUUUCUCUCGUGUCCAACCGAUUACACUGAUAAAGGGAUUUUGCGAGAAGAAGAUGAAGAGGAAUCAAUUGAGAAAACCCCAAAAGUUGAGCAAAAGUCGCAACCGGCGAGCAGAAAGCAACGCGGCUCCGGAGAGAGAUGGAGCAUCAAGAAGCACACGAUGUGCCUGCCAACGAACGCUUUUGGACAAAUCGAGUUUCAAGGCGCCGCUCAUCCGUAUCGAGCUCAAUACGUGCGUCUCUCGUUUGACACCGAUCCGGCGAAUAUUAUGGGUCUUUUUGAGCAAGUUUGGGGCAUUCAGCCACCAAAAUUGAUCAUCACCGUGCACGGGGGAGUCUCGAAUUUCGAUUUACAACAAAAACUAGCACGAGUCUUCCGAAAAGGUUUAUUGAAAGCAGCAAAAACAACUGGAGCUUGGAUUAUCACUAGUGGAGUCGAUUGUGGAGUGGUUAGACAAGUAGCUGCUGCACUAGAGGGUUCUGGCUCAAGCUCGAGAUCAAAAAUCGUGACUAUUGGGAUCACGUCAUGGGGAUUGUUGAAAAAGAGAGAGGAUCUACUGGGAAAGGAUAUUGUUGUUCCCUAUCAUCCGCACUCAUUCCACGCAAGAUCGAGAACAGCUGUUCUCAACAAUCGACACUCCUAUUUUCUACUUGUUGAUAAUGGCACCGUUGGUCGGUAUGGAGCUGACGUCAUAUUGCGACGUCGUCUUGAAAUGUACAUUGCGCAGAAGCAGAAAAUCUUUGGUGGCACUCGAUCGGUCCCUGUUGUUUCAGUGGUUCUUGAGGGUGGCGCGUGCACGAUUCGCACGGUGCUUGACUAUGUAACGAAUGUUCCCCGAGUGCCAGUUGUAAUCUGUGAUGGAUCAGGACGAGCCUCGGAUCUUCUAGCCUUUGCUCAUCAACAUGUUCUGGAGGAUGGAUCCUUUGCUGAACAUGUCCGACUUCAACUCCUCUCACUAAUUCAACGAACUUUCGCCUUCGAUGAGCGAUCAGCUGAGAAAGUUCUGCGUGAGUUGAGUAUCUGUGCACAGCAAAAGGAUUUGAUUACGGUAUUCCGACUAGGAGAAAAAGGCGGAAAACACGAUGUAGACUACGCGAUUUUAACAGCACUGCUGAAAGGACAGAACUUGUCGGGACCUGAUCAAUUGGCUUUGGCGCUAGCCUGGAAUCGAGUCGAUAUUGCAAAGAGUGACAUCUUUGGAGUCGAGCAGCAACAUGCCUGGUCUCAAGCGGCUCUACACAACGCAAUGAUGGAGGCGCUCAUUCACGACCGGGUCGAUUUCGUGCGUUUGUUGAUCGAGAACGGUGUAAGCAUGCACAAAUUUCUGAACAUCGGCCGACUGGAGGAGCUCUACAAUACGGACAAAGGCCCACCCAAUACCCUCUACUACAUUGUGAGAGACGUAGUGAAGAUGAGAUCCGGAUAUCAUUUCAAAUUACCCCAUAUCGGGAUGGCGAUCGAGAAACUGAUGGGAAACGCCUAUCGAUCAAAUUACACAAGUCACGAGUUUCGCCAAAAAUACAACGCUUUUUUAAAGAAGUUCAGGACCAGACGUCGUCCCGUGCCGGCCACCAAGACUCGAGUUGGGAGUGGAGGAAUGUCUCGACAAGCCACUGAGCCCGUUCUGCAAAUACCGAAAAUGCAAAGUCACAUCACAGGCCGUCUGAUGCCCGUGACAAUGGCAAGCGCUGAGCAACAACUUUCUGAGAACAUGAUGUCAGCCUUAUCUGGCAGUCGAGCUUUAUCAAAUCACAUCUUGUGGAGGAGUGCUUUCAGAAAUCUCAACUCAAUGACUAUGCGACCGCCGAAUCUCAAUGAGAACAAAGAACAAAUCGUUGAUGAUGACGAUAUGUCCACCUCUGGGUUCGGAUCUGAUCACCGCGGAAUGUCGGAAUUCGAAUUUCGUUACCCGUUUUCCGAGCUUCUUCUCUGGGCCGUCCUCACAAAACGACAAGAAAUGGCACUUUGCAUGUGGGAACACGGAGAGGAAGCACUAGCAAAGGCUCUGGUGGCUUGCCGUUUAUACAAAAGCUUGGCGAAAGAAGCCGCCGAGGACUAUCUGGAAGUGGAGAUUUGCGAGGAGCUGAGGAAAUAUGCUGAGGAGUUUCGCAUGAUGUCUCUGGAGCUGCUCGACCACGUUUACACCCAGGACGACGCCGUUGCUUUGCAGCUCUUAACCUACGAGUUGAAGCAAUGGGGAAACGAAACGUGUCUCUCGCUUGCUGUCAUCGUCAACAACAAGCAUUUCCUUGCGCAUCCAUGCUGUCAAAUUUUGCUCGCCGAUCUCUGGCAUGGUGGCUUAAGGAUCAGGAGCCACUCAAACGCAAAAGUGCUCGUCGGUCUCCUUCUGCCAUUCACCAUUCCAGCGCUGGAGUUCAAGACAAGAGAAGAGCUCCUCUUGCAGCCGCAAACCGCUGCUGAGCACGAGCAAGACAUCAAUGACACCUCAUCAUCCUCUUCAUCUUCUUCAUCUGAUGAAUCAUCAACCACUUCUUUCUCUGAUUCCGAUGAUGAUGCGGAUAAUCUUGGCGCUGGGCGACGCACUUCACACAGCAGUAUGCAAUCGUUGAACACUCUCAACACAAUCGGAUUAAGCAGUUUCUUCCAUCGAAGUCGAAAACGCGCAAAUCGGGUCAAAGAAAAGGCCUCCGAGGAUAACACAGUGGCCACGAUUGAAGCCGGUUUACAUAAAAGUACAGGCGCCUCUUCGACUGCUUCUCCUCAAACGCGAAAACGGCAACCGAAAUGGCCGAAUCAAAACGGCACUUUAGUAAAUGGAUACGGUAGUGCUCCUGAUGUCCGUCGCCGAAAGAACUCACUCUCAUCUGAAGAUGGCGAUUUCCCGGCAAAGCACAAUUUCAGGAAUUUAAUCCCAAGCAAUCUACAAAGAAUGAAGAAAAUCAAAUUUCGUCGACGUUUCUACGAGUUCUACGCGGCGCCAAUCACCACUUUUUGGUCGUGGGCGAUCGCCUUUUGCUUGUUCUUGAUGUGUUUCACCUAUGUGCUUUUGAUCAAAACCCCAGCGCAUCCAUCUCUAUGGGAGUGGCUCCUAUUCGCUUAUGUGGUUUGUUUCGGAAUGGAGCAUACGAGAAAGUUCAUGAUGACCGAUAUGGCUCCGUUUUCUCAAAAGCUCAAAUAUUUCUUUUUCAACUAUUGGAAUACGGUGACAGCGCUGGCGAUCGUUUGCUUUUUUGUCGGAUUUGGCUUACGCGUUUUUGGAAUCUUGAACUGGGGUCGGGUGAUCUUAGCCUGUGACAGUGUGCUGUGGAUCAUGAAAACCCUUGACUACAUGAGCGUUCAUCCUAGACUCGGACCGUAUAUCACGAUGGCUGGAAAAAUGGUGCUUUCCAUGUCUUACAUCAUCGUCAUGCUCUGUGUAGCGUUGUUGGCUUUCGGUUUAGCUCGUCAAUCGAUCACUUACCCCAAUGAGGAAUGGCAUCCACUAUUGUUAAGAAACAUCUUCUUAAAACCCUAUUUCAUGCUUUACGGUGAGGUGUACGCGGAUGAGAUCGAUCAAUGCGGGGAUGACGCCUGGGAUCAACACCUGGAAGAGGGGAAACCCUUGCGCUUCUACACCUCGAAUCACACGACAAAUCCGAACUGUGUAGCCGGCCAUUGGAUCCCGCCAAUCCUCAUGACCUUUUUCCUCCUUGUCGCCAAUAUUCUUCUCAUGAGCAUGCUGAUCGCCAUUUUCAACCAUAUUUUCGAUCAAACUGAAGAGUUUUCCCAGCAGAUUUGGCUUUUUCAACGUUAUCGACAGGUGAUGGAGUACGAGUCGACUCCAUUCUUUCCACCGCCGCUCACUUUCAUCUGGCACAUUUACAUGCUCAUCAAGUACAUUCGAUGGAGGUGCCGAAAGCGCAAUCCGAAUGAUGAAAGGGCUUUGGAUGUAUUCGAUUUCUCGCUUAAGCUAUUCUUAUCAGAAGAUCAAGUCGAAAAGCUGCAUGAUUUUGAAGAGGAUUGCAUGGAGGAGUUGGGACGGAAGAAAGAACACGAGAGGAACACAAGCAGUGAGCAAAGGAUAUUGAGAACGGCUGAGAGAACCGAUCUGAUGAUGGCUAGACUCAACGAUUUGACCUCAAAAGAGUCAAUGCUAAGAGGUGAUCUGCAGGGAAUGGAGAAUCGCUUGGAGUUGAUUGAAACGAGACAGGUAGAGAUCCUUGACGCUGUCCGACAACUCACUCAAACGCUCCCCUUCUUCUUGCAAAUGCAAACCGGAGCGAUUCGCACGAAUCUCUCACCGGCUCCGUCCAUUAUACUACAAGGCCCGCGAGAGCAAAGCAUUGAAGAGCCUGCUCACUCAGCUCCAUGCUUUGGUCAAAUCACCUCACAGCUAUCGCUCACCGAUGCCCCAACCCGGCCUCGACAAAGAACCUCAACCAUUUGUGGUCCCGAUGCAAUCCAGGAUCCGAUCCUUCUCUCCCCUAGCGGCAACAACCUCGACCCAUUGCGCGUUGGCUCACUGACGAACCUCGCCGGGCCAACACAGGCAAUCCUUGCACACAGCGGAUCAAUCGUUUUGCCAAGAAGGGAUACAAUCAGUAUGUCAUUCCGUCGCCGACACCACGAGGAGUACACAACGAUCACUGACGCGAUAUCGCUUGCAGCUGCUGAUGGACGGAGUGUCGAGAGGAGAGACACCGAUGAUGAGACAAUCGGCGGACUUCUCAGUGACGAGGAGCCAAAUUCAAUCGUCUUGCCAAAGAAAAAGUCGAAAGUGUCAAGCGUUUUACCGCCAGCUGUUGAUGAGGCUGUGGUACGGGAAGAGGAAGCGAUGGCCGACUGUGAGUUGACUGAGGUGGAGAAAGACGAAGAAGUUGAGAGAUUGAGGGGAAAUGGCGAUUUGAGCAACACGAGGAGCAGUGAUGAUGGAGAGGGUCUCACUUUCAUCGUGAACUCUUCCUCACUCAAUCGUCUCCAUCAAUCCACUCCCACUCCACCCGAGCCCCAUCCCAGCCCAGAGCUUGCCCGAUCUCGUGGCUCAACUCCAGCUCGAAGCAUUUUCCGACAUCAUACUAUCGAC